GUGCUGCCGCGCCGGGCGGAGCCGGGAGGGAUUUAAACACCAACAGCAGCCGCGCCCUCUCGGUGUGCGGCUGGGGCGGGGCGACGUGAGGGAGCUGAGCUCGGCAUGGCGGGCGUGCGGCUGGCCCCGUGUGACGGGGGCUGCCCCGUAGCGCUGCCGCCCGGGGAGACUCUGCUGGGACGCGGCCCUUUGCUGGGUAUUACUGAUAAGCGAAUAUCUCGAAAACAUGCCAUAUUGGAAGUGGUGGGCGGCCAGGUUCGCAUCAAACCGAUUCAUGUAGAUUCAUGCUUUUAUCAGUCACCUGAGAACGGCCGUCUGCUACCAUUGGAAGCUCAUGAAUGGCACUCAUUGAAAUUUGGUGAUAGCUUUUCCCUGAUGGUUGACAAAUACAUCUUCAAGGUCCUUUCUGCUCAACCUGUGGAGAGUGCAGAGAGGAAUAAUGAAGAUGUAGAAGCAGCAGUAAGUGUUCGCCCUGUUGAGAUAUCUCACAGUCCAUUGUUACCUGAGCCAGCAUGUUCCACCUCUGAGAUGCAAGGUAGCACAGAAAUAAGAAGCAAUGACUCUACUUGCACACAUCUGGUUCCUUUUUGUGAUGAUGGUGAAGGUGAACAGUCAAAAUCUAUUCAAAGGAAAAGGGUGCUUCCAUCAUGGAUGCUGGAAAAAGACCUCCUGGUUCCAAGGAUUUCUGAGCCUAUAAUGAAAGGAGGUGAUAGAAGCAAAAAAAGCCAAGGAAGGGGAAAAAGCGAUAUAGAAUCUUUAAAAUCAGAAGUAAGUAUUCUGCAGGGAAAGAGAUCAGCUUCUGAAGAAAUUCAAGAGAAUUUGGAAGAUGAAGAGCAAGAUGAAGAGGAAGGGAGACGACUGUCCUCUUCAUUACAGAAUGCAUCUGGAUUUCCUCUUGGAAGUACCAUGGGAAACAUGGAAAGAAAAGACAAGACUGAAACAAAAAAAGCUGGAAGUUCUGUGGAAAAAAGUAACAGGCAGCUGCAUAGUAAACGAUCUAAACCAUCAGGUCAGAUGUCCAGUAAGAUAAAUAGACUUGAAGAAUCAGAAAACAAAGGACAGCUUACUUGUUCUACAAGCCAACAAGCUCCCCGGGGCAGGACUUCACCUACUGGUGCCCAGGAAGGUGCUCAUGAGCCCAGUGCAGAUAUGGAUUACGACACUGAGAUUUCUUAUACAACCAAAGGUGCUGAGGCUUCAGAAAGCUCCAGAAAGACAAAGCAUAAGAGGACGCCUUGCAUGUAUGGAGCAGCCUGUUACAGGAGGAAUCCCGUUCACUUUCAGCAGUUCAGUCACCCUAAUGAUGAUGAUUAUUAUGAAACACACAGUGUAACUCAAGAUGACAACGAUAACCGCCCCGAAUGUCCAUAUGGAACUGCUUGCUAUAGGAAGAAUCCACAACACAAACUUGAAUACAAGCACACUGUACCUCCAGUAACUGAAAGACGAACCCGACAACGAACUUGCAAGAAUGGGAAAAAGGGUUUAGAGGAAGAGAGUGAUGAUGAUGGUGAGCCAAAUGAAUAUGAUCUCAAUGACAGCUUCAUAGAUGAUGAGGAAGAGGAAUGUGAACCGACUGAUGAAGAUUCUGACUGGGAACCAAGUUCAGAAGAAAAGGAAGAUGUUGAAACACUUGUGAAAGAAGCACAGGGAUUUGUUAAGACCAAAAAGUAGCUGCACUGAAUAACAUUAAGAAUGUGCAAUCCAGUUGUAUUAAAAUUUGGGUGUGCAAGAACAAAAAUUGCUUUGAAAACUACUUUUUCCUCAGUGAUAUAGGAACUAUGGGAGAGGUUAGCUUAAUGGUGGUGAAGGGAUUCAGCAAUACCUUUCUUUUUGUGUAAAUUGCACAAUUUAAGUGGUGGAGUUAAAUGAUUGAGCUCUGGGAUUCUACUGUGUGUCAGCUGAAGUAGGACUUUGUGAAACAGAACUUUAUCAGCUAUUUCUUCUC